AUGUUAUACAUUUUGAAGAUUUUUGGUGUGAUAUUCUUCGACUCGAAUGACGAUAACAAUAUGUGGCAAAUCGUUUACUCGGUUAUAUUAUUUACCACUGGCAUAAUUAUGGCAAUUAUGUCACCCUACGUCGUACUCGAGUUCGAUGACUGGUCGAAAGCAUUUUCUACAUCUAUGUCGUUGUUAAUAUGUAAUACAGUGAACAUUUCUUCAUUGAUAUCAAGAAUGGUAGUUAUAUACAAUGUCAAGUUUAAAUAUCAAAAGUUUAAGACAACAUUGGAGGGAUUCGAGAUUUACAUGCCGGUGAACUCCGUCGCCUUGAAGCACAUCGAGUACUUUUCUUUCACCUUGAUUUUCUUGAGCAUGAGUAUUAUCAUACCCAUAAAUGGCUUAAAAUUGUAUUACAUACUUACAAACCACACCAAUCCAAUUUUGUUGACGACCUAUUUUUUUUUCUAUUACGUUCACAACUUUAGCAUGGUAUGCACGGAAUUGCAUUUUGCCAUCCAGUGUUUUAUAGUGUACACGAAGUUUCGAGAUAUUAUUGAAAAGUUAAUUCAAAUAAAUGAAGAACAGAACUAUUACAACUACAGUGUACGAUAUCCGUUUACUGCAAGCCGAAUGAAUCCUUGGAGGAAUAAUGAUACGUCACCGUGUGAUAUCAUGUACGAAAAAGACUUUUACUGUUCAAAGGACAAAAUAAGUCCAUUGGCGAACAUUAUCGAACUUUUGAGAAUUAAAUACUGGUUAACUCGAGAAGCUGUUAAUGACCUGAAAGGUUUGUUUGGUUUUCAAAUGGGUCUGUCGAUCAUUUGUAUAGGUGCUGCGUCGUUAAUCGACAUUUAUAUUGAAGUAUUUCAAUCGAAAGCAUACACUACAUUUUAUAAGCCAGUACUUCGAUCAAAGUUCUUGUUUAUAGGGUGGAUGUUUCAAUAUUCUUUAAGGUUUUGCAACAUCAUUAUCACAGCACACUAUUCAACUAAACAGGUGGUUAAAAUCAAAAAGCUUAUAACGGAAAUGAACAACCGAUACUUAGAUAGUAGUACGAAAGAAGAGCUUAACUUAUUUUAUUAUCAACUAUCCAUCUGUUUAUCGGAGUUUACCAUUUUUAACAUAUUUACUAUAAACAAUGGUAUUAUAACUUCGGGAAUGGCUGCUGGGUCAACAUACAUCUUAAUAUUGGUACAAAUUCAUUCAGACAAAUAAAUGUAUUUGAAACUCAUUUUUAGAUAAAAAAUUCAAGAAUUUACAGAUUUAAACCACUUAAAGUGUUUACUUUGGAUCCUACGAACAUAUUUUUCCAUUUAUUUUUUUGAAGAUGCGUAAUUCAUUGUUGAAUUAUAUGUAAAGAGCCACCCUGGAAAUCGUGACUAUGGCUAACGGCGGUAGAUGUGCACGGUCUUCAUUCUC